AAACUGUUUUAUGCGUCAAUGACAGUGGUGAGCAAGUGAGAGGGAGACUUUUAACUAUUCUCCGGGGCUCCAGGUGGCGCUCUCGCAGAUACUGUCCAGUUAAACAUAAUCGUCGGAAACGCGGUUGUUUCGUGGUCUGAAGCCUUGUCGUGUUCAGGUUGUGACCCGGGGCGAAGAGCAGCAGCGAGAUGUCGGACGAUGAGGACAUCCCCGUGCCGAAGAGGAGCCGGAUCUUCUAUGGCAGCCUGGAGGAGAAGGAGCGGGAGCGGCUGGCCCGGGAGGGCUCGGCGAGCUCCAGCAAAGAGGCGGUGAAGGCCGGGAUCGAGGCCGGCAACAUCAACAUCUCCAGCGGCGAAUGCAUGGAGAUGGAGGAGCGCGUUAGCGAACGGCAGGCGGAGGUGCUGGCCGAGUUUGAGCGCAGAAAGCGGGCGCGGCAGAUCACCGUCUCCACGGACGACGCCGAGGUGAAGGCCUGUCUGCGGGCUCUGGGCGAGCCAAUCACACUCUUCGGGGAGGGGCCUGCCGAGAGGCGCGAGAGGUUGAGGAACAUCUUGUCUGUGGUGGGGCCAGACGCCCUCAAGAAGUCCAAAAAGGAGGACGAGAGAGGGAAACGCUCUCAAGAAGAGUGCCAGCAGACCUGGUACCAUGAGGGCGCCACCACUUUAAAGGAAGCUCGUCUGUGGUUGGCUCGCUACUCCCUGCCCAGGGCUGUGAAGAGGCUGGAUGCCGCUCGAGCUCAGAAGGAGAUUCCGGAAUCUUCCCGGACCGUGCGUCAGCAGGAGCUCCACAAGACGCUGAGGGGGCUGAAUAACUUCUGCAGUCAGAUCGGGGACGAGAGACCCAUCUCCUCCUGCCAGUUCAGCCCCAACUCCAAACUGCUGGUGACCGCAUCCUGGAGUGGUCUCUGUAAGCUCUGGGCGGUCCCUGACUGUAGCCUUGUCCGCACUCUAAGGGGACACAACACCAACGUGGGGGCCAUCACGUUCCACCCCCAGGCCACCCUGUCUCUGGACACGGCCGAUGUCAACAUGGCCUCCUGCGCUGGUGACGGGUCCGUCAAGCUCUGGAGUCUGGACAGUGACGAGCCGGUGGCGGAUAUCGAGGGGCACGCCAUGCGGGUGGCGCGUGUAGCCUGGCACCCUUCCGGACGCUUCCUGGGCACCACCUGCUACGAUCACUCGUGGAGACUGUGGGACCUGGAGGCUCAGGAGGAGAUCCUGCACCAGGAGGGCCACAGCAAGGGGGUGCACGACCUGCACUUCCACCCCGACGGCUCCCUGGCAGGGACCGGGGGUCUGGAUGCUUUCGGCCGGAUCUGGGAUCUGAGGACAGGUCGCUGUGUCAUGUUCCUGGAGGGCCACCUGAAGGAGAUCUACGCCAUCGACUUCUCCCCCAACGGCUUUCAUGUGGCCACAGGAAGUGGAGAUAACACCUGCAAGGUGUGGGACCUCCGUCAGAGGAGGUGCAUCUACACCAUCCCGGCUCACCAGAACCUCCUGUCCUCUGUGAAGUUCCAACCCACCGACGGGCACUACCUGCUCACGGGGGCGUACGAUAACACGGCCAAGGUGUGGACGCACCCCGGCUGGUCCCCGCUGAAGACGCUGGCAGGGCACGAGGGGAAGGUGAUGGGCUUGGACGUGUCGGCUGACGGACAGCUCAUCGCCACCUGCUCCUACGACCGCACCUUCAAGCUCUGGGUCUCCGAGUGACCACACACCCCACCCUCCCCACCCCUGUGACUGGCGGAUGUACUGCUGUCGAUUGGCUGCCAUCCUCGUUCUCUCCACCGUUGCGAUUGGCUGAUACACCACCCUCCCCAUCGCUGUGAUUGGGUGGUAUGCCCACCAUCUCCAAAUCAAGACCUGUGUACUGAACAAGUGUCGCUAUGGCAACCUUAGGCUGCUUUGAUUAUUGUAUUAGUAUCACUGCUUAGUGGGAUUUUGAAUUGGUUUCAAAUCGUAUAGAUGAAUCAUUUGAAUUGAAUAAAAAUGCGCACUGAGCCUUUAAGAGAUCUUAUCUGAUGUUUAACAUAACCUCAGAUCUCAGAUCUAACUUUCAGCAGCGCACCGCUUAGUAACAGGGACUGCCUUCAUACAGGUGAGCGAGCACAGGUAUAGGUCAGGUUCUGAGAAGGCGCUUCUCCCAGUGCAAACACACCUGUGUCUGUGUGAAAGAUACUACCAUGGCUGCACGAGAAUUUAUUAAGUUCUAUUCAACCAAUUUCUUUUUAAUUUUUUUUUUUACGAGUUUGUUUAAUGUUGUUUCCUGCAGUCCGAUUGGAUGGAAAAGGCCUCCGUCUUAUUAGCCAUUUAGCCAGUUUUUGUUACUCAAGUAAUUUUUUAUUCUAGUGUCCACACAGAUACUGUAUUUUCAUGUAAUAAAAAACCAUGAAAAAUAA